AUAACUUCCACCUUGCAUCACCGAACAACAACUUUCAUACUCCAAGUAGCUCUUCUGUCUCAUCUCUCAAAGCAUCAAUAUCUCGUCCCAUUCCAUACACCCCUCUUAAACUUCAUAUUUUCUUCUAACUUCACACCAAAAUCAAAUCUUUAAAGAAAGAAAUGGACAACAGCAGCAUAGAUGAGAGCACUACCAGUGACAACUCUUUUGCAUCAUCAGCAGCACCAGCAUCAUUGUCAAAUAUGUCUCUACCGGUGAAUAUCAAGUCGUCGCCAGAGCAGCAGAGCCUCUGCCGAGUUGGGAGUGGCGCAAGCAGUAUGAUAAUCGAUGCAGAAGUCGGCGUAGAAGCCGAAUCCCGGAAACUUCCGUCCUCAAGGUUCAAAGGGGUGGUUCCUCAGCCUAAUGGCAGAUGGGGUGCGCAGAUUUACGAAAAGCAUCAGAGGGUUUGGCUGGGAACUUUCAAUGAAGAAGAGGAAGCUGCUAGAGCCUAUGAUAUCGCGGCGCAACGCUUUCGCGGCCGCGAUGCUGUCACAAACUUCAAGCCCUUGAAUGAAGCUGAGGAAGAUGACGUCGAAGCUGCUUUCUUGAGCUGCCAUUCCAAGGCUGAAAUUGUCGACAUGCUUCGAAAACAUACUUACAACGACGAGCUGGAGCAAAGCAAGAGGAACUAUGGAUUAGAUGGCAAUGGCAAGAAGGGCUGCAAAGGUAUUGCUGGUCUACACUCGUUUGGUUAUCAGAAGACAACCAAAGCUCGUGAACAACUCUUCGAAAAGGCGGUGACUCCCAGCGAUGUUGGGAAGCUGAACAGGCUAGUCAUACCAAAGCAGCAUGCCGAAAAGCAUUUCCCUUUGCAAAGCGGGAAUACUUCCAAAGGCGUGUUGCUCAACUUUGAAGAUAUGGGUGGAAAGGUAUGGCGAUUCCGAUAUUCCUAUUGGAAUAGUAGUCAGAGCUAUGUCCUGACUAAAGGGUGGAGUAGGUUUGUGAAGGAGAAGAAUUUGAAGGCUGGAGACAUUGUCAGCUUUCAGCGAUCAACCGGAGCUGAUAAGCAGCUUUACAUUGACUGGAAACGGAGGAAUGGAGCGGCCGAGGCCGCUCCUCCGGUUGCUGCCGGAAUAUCAAUCCCUAUUCAGCCGGUUCAAAUGGUUAGAUUAUUUGGGGUGAAUAUAUUUAAGGUACCAUUACCAGUUAACGGUGUUGUAAUGGAUAGUAAUAGUAGUUGCAGUGGUAAAAGAGUGAGGGGAAUGGAGUUGUUGGGGUUGGAGUGUAGCAAGAAACCAAGGGCUAUUGGUGCUCUGUAACUUCCUUCUUUUUUUUUUCUUUCUCAUGUAAUUGUUUUUGUUUUUUAGGAAAGAAAUGGCGGGGAGGAAACUGGAAAGGGGAGUGGGGUGGUGGUGUUGUUGUUGCAAGUUGCAUAGUUUCAAUUGUAUAUUACUACUGUUUAGAGACCGGAGAAAUCUGAAAUUAGGUGCGUGACAUGGUGGAACAAAUCAAUCCAAGAUACAAACGAAAUGAAGAUAGUAUUGUUCAAAGUUUUGAAGCGUUUUAGUAUUAUAUCUUGCGAA